GGUUUUCCGCCUGGCAUCGCGGCGAACUCUCACAAGCUCUGAAACUGAAUUUCGUUCCCUCACAUCGAGCAGGAAGAGCAGAAGGAAAGUAAGAAUGGGUUCGGAGACGUUCGUGGAGAUCCUCCUGGCGAUCCUCUUGCCGCCCGUCGGAGUCUUCCUUCGUUAUGGCUGUGGAAUUGAGUUCUGGAUAGAUUUGCUGCUGACGAUAUUGGGGUACAUUCCGGGGAUCAUAUAUGCGAUCUAUGUCCUGGUUGGAUAGCACGGCUAGAUGAUUUCUUUCUUUCUUUCUUCUUCUUCUUCUUCUUCUUCCUCUCCUCAUGUUUUUUGAAGUUGAAUAAAAUUGAUGUGUCGGUUCUGUA